CAGAAGUCCGAAGCUCUCUCACCAGCACUCGACAGACGACCUUAUCGUUCCCCCGGCGGAUUUCUCGACAAUCGGGUCAGCAUAAUCAGCAAAUAUGGCUGCUAUUCAGGGAACGAUUUCCAAGCGCCGCAAGUUCGUGGCUGACGGUGUGUUCUAUGCCGAAUUGAACGAGUUCUUCCAGCGCGAGCUGGCUGAGGAGGGAUACUCCGGUGUCGAAGUCAGAGUUACUCCCACCGUAACCGAUAUCAUCAUCCGCGCUACCCAUACCCAGGAAGUUUUGGGUGAGCAAGGUCGCCGCAUCCGUGAACUCACCUCCCUCAUCCAGAAGCGCUUCAAGUUCCCCGAAAACUCCGUCUCCCUUUAUGCCGCCAAGGUCCAGAACCGUGGUCUCUCUGCCGUUGCUCAGUGCGAAAGUUUGCGAUACAAGUUGCUCAACGGUUUGGCCGUCCGAAGAGCCUGCUAUGGUGUCCUCAGAUUCAUCAUGGAGAGCGGUGCCAAGGGUUGCGAGGUCGUUGUUUCUGGAAAACUGAGAGCUGCUCGUGCCAAGAGCAUGAAGUUCACCGAUGGUUUCAUGAUUCACUCCGGUCAACCCGCCAAAGACUUCAUCGACAGCGCCACCCGCCACGUUCUCCUCCGUCAAGGUGUGCUCGGUAUCAAGGUCAAGAUCAUGCGCGGUAGCGACCCAGAGGGCAAGUCCGGUCCUCAGAAAUCUCUCCCUGACUCCGUCACCAUCAUCGAGCCCAAGGAGGAGCAGCCUGUCCUCCAACCAAUGAGCCAGGACUACGGUGCUAAGGCCGCUGCUGCCCAGCAGGCUGCUGAGCAACAGCGAUUGGCCGAGCAGGAAGGUCAAGAAGGCGCAGAAGCUGCCGCUGUCCCCCAGGAGUGAAAUUAAUUAGCUGUUUUUUUCCUCCUUUCUUCUAGUCCCAUCUUUUUCAUCCCCAGAUUUCUUCUACUGUCCUAGGAAUGUUAAAAUGGGCAUCAUGAAUAUGCAACAAUUUUCUACGUUUUCUGCUGAAUGGACGGAAACUUGGCGAUUAGGAGUGUAGUUUAAACACAAAAGAGAUUACUUCUACCCAAGGAAGCGUUCAGACUGCUGGUGAAUGACUGAAAGUCCGAUUACUUUAAUGAGAGCUUUCCGGAUCCAAGGAAACAAUACAUCAUGAGCAAGCGUCAGGAAUAAUGCAAUGUUCUAUUUUUCUCAUCAUCGCAUUCAGUUCAUAAAACCCAAGAGCGCUAGCCAACGAUCUAUUCUUUUCACGUUCCAUAAAACUAUCCAUCAACACAAAAAAUCGAAUACGUCUAUGUCUUACAAAAAGACCUCGAUAUUCAUUUCAAGGGUGCUCACAGGAUAUUUCAACUCGAACUUUUCAAGGACAGUAGGGUGCAAAAUGCCGAACGUACCGAUGACAUGUUCUUUGCCUCCAAUACAGACGUGUAUUGAUGCAGCGUGUCCUGGGAAGUAGGUAGGGUCUAGUUACAGCGUUAGCAAAUCGUAACAGAUAACCAGAAAGCAUGAGACUCCAACCUUCUAGUUCUUCAAUCCAAUAUCGCGAACCGCUGACGUCCGGGUUAUCAAGUCCCUCUUCGCCGACAAUAAAUGCACUCUUCAACAUGGCCAUCACCCUGUCGAGCAAACCAUGGACAACCUCAAAGCCACUAGUCCUUCCGUACCAAGCAGCAGCGAAAUGUCUCUCGUUCCGACUCUUGCGUUCAAGUCUCAUAUCUUUGAAGGCCACAUCGCUUACUUCAAAGAUUCUCAUUGGCACGGUAUGGCUUUUAUUCUCGCGGAUGGUUUUUAAAAGUCCCGGAAGAAGGCUGGUCCGAACCACCUGGAACUCCACGGUCUUGGGGUUUGCAAGCUUCACCGCAGUAUUGCCAUCAUCCUUGCGAUUUAACCACGCGAAAUUCUCGUCAUGGGAGCAAAGAAUUAACGGCAUGACUUCGGACCAUCCUGCCAUGGCAGCCUCGGUCCGAAUGAUAUCUGUCAGUUUGUUUACAGGCAGGGGUUGGGCAAUCGUUCCGGAUUUGCUAGGGAAUGAUCUUGGCAACUCGUUGAAACCAUAGGCUAUAGCGACAUCCUCCAUAAUGUCCGCUUCAUGGAGCACAUCUGCACGAGUAAUGGGUACUUCGACGUCGAUGAGGUCUGCUGAUGAUUUGGAAGGUUUCGCGAUAUA